AAGUCACAGACAUUUUGAAAAACGGUCCAACAUGUUAAACAACAUCAGCUAGCAAUGAAUCAAAUCUCCUACGUCCAUUUUAUUUCAGUCUCGGUCAUGCAUGUGGACCAGAAGAGGGGCCGCGUUACGGUAAAACGGUCUCCUUGACGUCGCUCGUAAAUUGAUAGCAGAACCUGGUGGAGCUGAGUCAACAAGGGGGAAUGAAGAGAAGGAAGGGCGGGGGGGUACAUGGUCGUCCUCUGGACUGCUGGGAAGUUUACUAAUCUUUCGGGAAGAUCUCUGCUGCUGCAGGGGUUCGGUUCACAAACGUUUUGCUCGAUGGGUGAGGAAUUAGCUAAGUGAGGCUAUACACAAAUGUCGGUAGCAGUUGCAAUGCUACAAUCUGCCUUUAAGUCAGCCUUUUUUUAGCAUACCACUAGAGGGAGCUAUAACAUAUUUUACCUUUUCUUCCACACUUUUCCAUCAAAUGGUGUCUUCUGCCUUUAGGCUUGGGAUCUGGCCAGUAUUCUGGUGCUUGGCCAGAGCAGACCGGUUCGUUGGGUUCGACAAAAGCUACAGCGGUUUGUGAAGGCUGCACAAAAGCCGGGCCUCUUUUCAAGGGGCCCCAAAGAAACUGAAGGAGGGUAUUGUCGGGACAUUGCAUGACAUCAACCCCGGACGGCCAUGAUGUAUGCAGUAUGCAUAAUGCACCUACAUUAUACGGACAGAAGUAUGUCGACGAGACUUAAUGGAUGAAUUAAUCAAUAAGUGGGCUCAAACCAAUCGGAAUUCUUCAGGCAUUUGAGGUUUCCGAUUCUGUGGGCAAAGUUUGGGGAAGGCACGUACAGCGGCCAUAAAGGCAUGCUUGGAUGAGUUGGUGUGGAAUAACUUGAGCCCAUCAAACAUUUUAAUGUUAUUUACCAAUGGCUGCUAGGUCCAAUGGCUACUUUUAAGCAACGUGUGUUUUUGGUUGGACUUUGAAGCCUCGCUUCUUUGUAAGAGAGCUCUGAUGAUAAAUAGAUUGUAAGUGUUUUGCGCGUGUGGCCGACAUAAGGCAUGUUUGUGUUGGCCUUGACAUUAGGCGAUGUGUAAACAUGUACAAUGGCAAACAUGCAGCAGACUUCAUUGCCAACUGAAGGACAAGCGGCACAAGAAGGAGUUUGUCCAUUUAUGUGUGAACACAGCACCAGUGUUGUUGUCUUUUCCCCCUGUUUUUGGGUCGGCCAGAAAUCCGAGCGUGUUUUAAACCAGCUGAUGGAUUUUAUUUAUUCAACAAUAGAUUGCAAUACACACUUUAGAUUUUUAGGAAACUCUUAUGCCAUAAAAAAAGUGUACAUACAGUGCAGCUAAUGCAAAUAGUAGCGGCCUGAGCAGUCAGCUGCGUUACCAUGGAAACCACACACCAUCCAACCGUGGCAAAGGAGAGAUGAGAAUAAGUUUGCAAACUUGAAGUGCCACAAAAACAUUCCCACGUGAUGAUUGCCUUCGAUCCCUCCCCCUUCUCCUUCUUUUUCCUCCUCUUCCUCCUCCCUCUAGUCAGUGUGGCGCACAAUAGCGUCAGAGUGUGCAAACACGCACACACACACUUCUUUCAGUUCGGAUUCGAGCACACUUUUUGGACACUUUUACGCGCCGCUUUUUGGCUUCCAAUGGGAAUUAAUCGUGCGGAUUUUGCAUCGUUUCUUGGAACGCAGUGAUUUGUAUUUUGUUCUUUUUGUUUGGGGAAAAGUUUCGAGGCAAACAUGCCGGAGAGAAUCAGCAUUUCGGACUUUGUGGUUUUGACCAAUGAGGAUCUUUCGUCACCGGCCACGUCCACUUUCCAGGCCAAAAUGAGCGAUUGUCGGAGCACAGUGUCCGCCGUGGAAGAGUCCCUGGAGAUGGAUCACGUCACUCUACAAAAGAUGAAGAAGAUGAUCAAAGCUAUCUACAACUCGGGAAUCACUCACAUGGAAGCCAAGGAGCAGUACACGGAGGUCCUGGAGAACCUGGGCAACAGCCACCUGAGCCAAGACAACAACGAGGUCUCCACGGGCUUCCUCAACCUGGCCGUCUUCACCCGAGAGGUCACGGCCCUACUCAAAAAUCUGGUGCAGAACCUCAACAACAUCAUGGCCUUCCCUCUAGAAAAUGUGCUGAAAUCGGAGCUGCGCGACAGCAGAUUGGAGCUGAAAAAACAAAUGGAGAGGAGCUGGAAGGAGUACGACGUAAAAAUAGCAAAACUGGAGAGGGAGCGCAAGGAGAAGGGCAAGCAGCUCAUCCGAACGGAGGGAUCGGACGGAGGAGAAGACAUGGAGAGGGAGAGACGGACUUUCCAGCUGCAGAUGUGCGAGUACCUUUUGAAGAUCGAGGAACUGAAGGUCCGUCAAGGCCCGGAUCUCCUACAGAGCCUCAUAAAGUUCUUCCAAGCCCAGCUCAGUUUCUUUCAAGACGGUUUGAAAGCAGCAGAGAAUCUUUCUCCUUUUGUGGAGAAACUGGCGUCUUCAGUUCACACGGUUCGGCUCGACCAGGACGAGGAAGUCAAACAGCUCACUCAGCUGAGGGAUUCUCUCCGUUUGCUCCUGCAAGUAGACGGCAAAGAGGAAUACCUAAAUAGGAAGAACUCGGGUAACGGCUACAGCAUCCAUCAGCCGCAAGGCAACAAGCAGUACGGGACGGAGAAGUCGGGUUUUUUGCUCAAAAAGAGUGACGGGAUCAGAAAAGUGUGGCAGAAGAGGAAAUGUGGAGUCAAAUUUGGCUGUCUAACCAUCUCUCACAGCACGAUCAACCGACCACCGGCCAAACUCAACCUUCUGACCUGUCAGGUGCGACCAAACCCGGAGGACCGCAAAGUCUUUGACCUGGUUACUCAUAACCGGACAUACCAUUUCCAGACAGAAGACGAGCAGGAAUGUGUGAUCUGGGUGUCGGUGCUGCAGAACAGCAAAGAGGAGGCCCUGAACACGGCGCUUGGAGGAGACCAGCUCCACCUCCAGGAUAGCGGCCUGCAGGAACUUUCCAGAGCCGUCAUUGGAGAGCUUCGUCACAUGCCCGGGAACGAGGCCUGCGCCGACUGCGGAGCGCCAGAUCCAACAUGGCUGUCCACUAAUCUCGGCAUCCUGACCUGCAUCGAAUGCUCGGGGAUCCACAGAGAACUGGGUGUCCAUUACUCCAGGAUCCAAUCGCUGACGUUGGACUUGCUGAGCACCUCCGAGUUACUGCUGGCAGUUAGCAUUGGCAACACAAGAUUCAACGACAUCAUGGAGGCGGGUCUUCCAAAUGACGCUGUCAAACCUUUACCACAGAGCGACAUGAAUGCCAGAAAGGAAUACAUUGUGGCCAAAUACGCCGAGCGACGCUACGUCCUGCGUCGGGAGAACACGGAACCCGGCCAGCUGUACGACGCCGUGAAAACUCGGGACAUGACGUCUCUGCUGCAGCUCUUCGCCGAGGGGGCGGACCUCGCCAAACCGCUCUCGGUGACUGAUGGGCAGGCUCUGAAAGAAACCGCUCUUCAUCUGGCCGUGCGUCUGGAAGAAAGAAGCUCUUUGGCCAUUGUGGAUUUCUUGUGCCAGAACAGCAACUGCUUGGAGAAGAGGACCACGGAAGGCAACACGGCUUUGCACUACAGCGCCCUCUAUCACAAACCCGAAUCACUCAAGUUGUUGCUCAAAGCCAAGGCCACUCUUCAUAUAGUGAACUCCGCGGGAGAGACGGCCAUUGAUAUCGCCAGGAGGCUGCAGCACACGCAAUGUGUUGAGCUGUUGGAGCUGGCCCACAAUGGAAAGUUCAACUCUCAGAUACACGUGGAGUUCAUGUGGGACACUCAAGCUCAGGAGAUCUACGACAGCGAAGACGACCUGGACGAGAGGGUGAGCCCCGUACCCAAGAACCGCUCUCCGGUGUCGUCAAAUGGAAGCGCCGGAGCCCGUUGGAGUGUGAUGAGCGGCGCGGGCGGGAACACGGGCAGUCGACCUUGUCAGACCUACGAGAACUUGGAGUUCCUCUACAGAAAUUCACUGGUCAACGGCGCCCCCAGCGUAUCCGUGCCACCGCCGUUGCCUGUUAAAUCCACCCCGAAAGGUCGCUCUGACCCGCAGCUGUCUGUCUCAAUGCCGGACGUGAGUCUUCAAAUUCCCAGAAGAGCUUCCAACCCGUCCGCCAGCACUCCUGGCUCGCAAGCCAGACAGAGCCCCCCGUCGCCCGCCGUGGAAAAUCAGACCCCAACUGGAAAAGCUAGCAAGGGAAGCAAGUCUCAGAGACAUUCCGGGGAAGUUCAAGUCGGCACUGCUUGUGCUUCUCAAGGCACCACCGCCUCCUCCCAGAACCACAUUGGGCCUGUUAGUUCUGAGAAGACCACAUCUUAUCGUCGCACCAGCAGCGGAGGAGGCAACCAAGGCAAAUGUGCCGUGUUGUCUCCUACCAGCAACCAAGAGGAGCCGUAUUGUACUCUGGGGGGGAAUUGCGCCGGGCUCGGCCAGGUACCCAUCGCCCCGACUUCUUCUCCUGGCGUCACCCCCGCCCUGCGACCACGACGGAAUGCGAUGGUUUCAGGCAGCAGGAACCCCCAGAAGCGAGUCAAGGCUAUAGUGGAUAGCAGACCCACCAAUUCAGAGCAGCUGACCUUUUUUAAAGAUGAGACCAUUGUGGUCACGGUCUCUACUGACCCCCACUGGUGGGUAGGUUACAUAGAAGGGGACUCGUCCAGAAGUGGGACCUUCCCUGUUAACUACGUCCAAAAAGUGGCAGAUGAAAUACGUCUGCGAAAAACAAACUGAACCAGCAUCAGAUGCUCGAUGGCUUCUUUUUUUACAUUUCGGUGACCAAGUGGACUUGCAUGCGGUUUUCCAACAUGGAUUUACUCAAACUGGAACACGGUGAGCAAAUUCAGGACAUUACCCGCUAGAGGACUACACAAAGGGAUUUGAAAUUGCAGACAAGGAAUAUAAAACUUUUAAAAUAUGACCUUCUCCAACCUUAUGAACUUUUCUCAGUUGUCUAAAAAAAUUCUAUUAACAAAUACUGAUGGUGUUAGCCAUACACAAACAUUUCCUUACAUUCCGAGCCUAUCCAUUUUAAAAAUGCACUUUAAUCUCACAUGGAAAAUCUCCUUGGAAAUUGUCACCAUCCAGUGUAAAUUACUUGCUAUAUCAGUGAUUAGUGAACAAAGUUCCUGAAAGUGUGUGUGCAUCAUGGACACACAGUUGCACUUAUUGUACAUAUUGUAAAUAGCUACUGGUAUUUAGGAUUUUUUUUUUUAAUACUUUCAUGUCACAAAAAAAUUAUAAUCCAUGUAAUGUGGAUUACUGUACAUACUAUCUGAUGUGUAUAUAUGUCUAAACUGUUUCCCCCCCGACGUCCGCAAUAUUUGUCUGUUUAUUAUUGUGCUCAAUUUGACAUUUAUUGUCGAUUGUGCACAUUUAAUGUGUCUUUAAUAGGUCCACGCUGGACGCUUUAUUAGGUACCCCUUCACACAGUAGGAGUUGAUAGCCGUCACGUACCAGACGUAAGUAGAGCAGAAGCGCUAAAAAAGAACAAAGCUGCUAAGUGCUUCUUUUCGCUCGAUACAAGCAAAAAUCAAUUCAAUUAUUCAGUGCGGCCGGCGCUAGCUGCACGCGUUCCAAACAUAAAGCGCUUCUUCUUAUCCUGUGAGCGUUGCGUAACGCACGGUAUGUUUGAAUAAAAUAAACACACUGCUGUCCAUUG